UCCACCUCUAAAAAAUCCAAAAUGGAAGAAAAUACUCAAAUAGAACCCGUAGUUACUGACUUAUUUCAAGAAGAAUCCACAAGAGAAGUUACAAUUUCUACCGGUGGGCUAUUAGCAGAAAAUCUAGUGCCUGAAGGUGGUAAAGUAGUUUUAGGACAUAAGGUAAGGCAUCAAGUAGCAGUACCUCUAAAUUAUGCAUACACACCUAUCUCUCAACACGUAAGACCAAGCACACCAGCUCGAACAUACCCAUUCAAACUCGAUCCAUUUCAAGAGUAUGCAAUUUCUUGUAUAGAGCGCUCAGAAUCCGUUCUAGUGAGUGCCCAUACUUCUGCGGGUAAAACAGUAGUAGCAGAGUAUGCCAUUGCUCAAAGUUUAAAUAAUAAACAAAGAGUAAUAUACACUAGUCCAAUCAAAGCAUUAAGUAAUCAGAAAUAUAGAGAAUUACAACAUGAGUUUAAAGAUGUUGGUUUGAUGACCGGAGAUGUUACUAUCAAUCAAAGUUCUAGUUGUCUAGUUAUGACAACUGAAAUUUUACGUAGUAUGUUAUAUCGAGGAAGUGAGAUAUUACCUCGUGGUGUUGUGUGGGAAGAAACUAUUAUAAUGUUACCACAUACUAUUCACACUGUGUUUUUGUCUGCCACAAUUCCAAAUGCAAUGGAUUUUGCUGAAUGGAUUUGUAAAAUACAUCGACAGCCAUGUCAUGUUGUUUAUACAGAUUUUCGUCCUACACCUUUACAACAUUAUAUUUAUAUUAAUGGUUCAGAUGGGAUUUACUUGUUAGUUGAUGAAAAAGGUACAUUUCACGAAGAUGCUUUCCAGAAAUCAAUAUCAACAAUCAGAGAACCUCUCAAUCCAAAACCAAAAAAUUUUAAUAAUAAUAACAACAAACUUAAAAGAACUUGCAUAAGUUCUAAUCUUAAUCCAAUUAUUGCAUUUGCUUUUUCAAAAAAGCAAUGUGAAUUUUUGGCAAUGCAAAUGAAUGAUGAAAAAGAAUUAAUAAAUAAAGUUGUAGAAAAUGCCAUUGAUUUGUUAGCUGAGGAGGAUCGUCAAUUGAAAUCGAUACAUAAUCUAUUACCAUUGUUAAAACGUGGUAUUGGUAUUCAUCAUUCAGGAUUAUUACCUUUCUUGAAGGAAGUGGUUGAACUUUUAUUUCAAGAGGGCUUGAUAAAGGUCCUAUUUGCCACAGAAACGUUUUCAAUGGGCUUAAAUAUGCCUGCAAAGACUGUUGUUUUUUGUGAAUUAACAAAGUAUGACGGAAUACAAGCUAGAUAUAUCACUGUUGGAAUUUGGUCAAUGAAAAUAGAUAUGAUAAUUGAAAUUUUUUUAGUUGUUUUGACUGCUUGGCCAUGA